AGCGGUCUGUGAAUAGGGACCUGCGCGCAUCACCGCGGCUGUUACCUCCCUCCCUCUCUGCGUCUUUGUGCAUUUUGCCUCUUUUCGCAAUAAACGUUCUUCCGAGAAAUUCCAAGGGGAUCUCAGCUAAGCAGAGGGGGAAGGGAUCCUGCCCACGCCUGGGGAGACCGAAGGGCAUCGCUCCCCGCGCCGCGCACGCCGCCCGAGCCCGGAGUGCGGACACCCCAGGGAUGCCUGCGCCCCUGAGGACCCCUGCCCGAAGCCUCCGCGCCGCCCCUAGGCCCGCCAGGAGCAUGUUGCCUGCAGCCAUGAAGGGCCUCAGCCUGGCGCUGCUGGCCAUCCUGCUGUGCUCCGCGCCGGCUCAUGGCCUGUGGUGCCAGGACUGCACCCUGACCACCAACUCCAGCCAUUGCACCCCGAAGCAGUGCCUGCCGUCAGACACCGUGUGCGCCAGUGUCCGAAUCACCGACCCCAGCAGCAGCAGGAAGGAUCAUUCCGUGAACAAGAUGUGUGCCUCUUCCUGUGACUUCGUUAAGCGACACUUUUUCUCAGACUAUCUGAUGGGGUUUAUUAACUCUGGGAUCUUAAAAGUCGACGUGGACUGCUGCGAGAAGGAUUUGUGCAAUGGGGUGGCCAGGGCGGGGCGGAGCCCCUGGGCCCUGGCUGGGGGGCUUUUGCUCAGCCUGGGACCUGCCCUCCUCUGGGCAGGGCCCUGAGGUUCCCUCCGCCCCCUCGGGCUUCUGAGCUUUUCCCCUGAGCCUGUCACUGCCCCCUUCCCAGUCUGGCCUGUCUAGGGCUGGGGGCAGCAUUGGCCCAGCUACAUGGCGUGUGGCUCUUACCCCUCCCCAGAUGUGAGGCCUCCUUGUCUCUCCACCAGCUCCAAGUCCUGGGCAGCUGGAUAUCUCCAGGAAACCAGGCUGUCUAGGCAGGAAGCCUGGGGGUGAGGGUAGGGGGCUGGGACCCCCAGGUCCUGGAGAGGGAGUGAAGCCAAACCAGGCACAGCCCAACAGCUUAGCUGUAAGGGCAUCUUCUACCGAGAAAUAAAGUCACUUCUGAGUCCUGA